AAAUAACAGCCCCAGUUGAGCUGCAGCAAGAGUGAAGAGUCAUUCACACAGCAAUGGAGGACUAUCAUGGAUACUGUUUUUCCUCCUCUGGAGUGCUGUUGUUUGGAAUUCUUCAAGGUGUGUGUGUUGUUUUAGCUGAUACGAACACAGUGACGGUGUACAGAGCUACUGGGAGCUCCCUGGAUCUAACACUGAAAUAUCCAAAAGAAUCAGUGUCAUCAGUUCAGUGGCUCUACAAUGAGAAACAGUUUGCUGAAUACUCUCAAAGCCAGUACUCACACCAGAAUUCCCAGUUCACUGGACGUUUAAAGGAGGAUAAUGAUAAAGUUGGAGUAAUUGUACAAGAUCUUCAACCCCAAGACUCUGGGACAUUCUCAGUGGUUGUAGAUGGAACUAAAGAACAGUAUCCAACACAAACAUUUACAGUUUAUAUUCAAAACCGUAUAACAGCUGUGCAGAUUGAGAAGAAUCAGACGUGGAAAGUGGCCACAAACAGCUGUGAUGUUGAUGUGAAGUGUGCAGCGCUUGGAGCUGAGAGUGUCUCUUACCUGUGGAGCAGCUAUAAGACUGCGAGUGGAGCUCAGCUUCAGUUCAGCCUCUCACCAGCAGAAGGAGCCGUUACACUGAACUGCACUGCAGCUAACAACGUCAGCUCCAGUUCUGCUACAGAGACACUGAGCUGUAGCCCUGAACAGCCUGAACCAGUUGUCAUGUCAUUGUCAGUGCUUAAACUGAUCAGUAGUCUAGUGGCGGCCUCUCCUUAUCUGCUGGUGACCAUCAUUCUGGGUGUAAAAUGUUACAGAGCUCAAGGUCAUCAUAACAGCAUGUAUGCCAUGACGGUAAUUGAGGAAUAAGCACUUGGCUCGCUCUGUAAUAAAUAAAUUGAACACUUCACAACUGAAGCGUCAAGAAAAUUUGAUUCUGCUACGAAAUGGCUUGUAUAGUUUUAAUUUUUAUAAUAAUAUCUUCAUUUACACUCAGAGCUCAGGGGCACAGUAUAUAUUUGUACUGUAUUUAUGUUUGCACUCUUCGCAGUUGGAUCAAUGUAGGAGCUUUCCUUACAGAUUAGAGGUCUGUUAUGACUGCUGGAAAAACUCAGAUUUCUCUUCUUCCACUUCAGUCUCUCUGGUUCCUCUUCCAGUCCCUUGUAUUUCACCAGAUUCUUGUAUUUCUUCAUUAUAUUUUGCCAUCACUUGAUUGCCAAAUCUAUCACCACUGCAGUCUUCUGCACCAUUUUUUUUAUUCUCAAGGUCUGUUUGCUUUGCUGUACUGUUUAUCUGACUGUAUCUGGAGGUCACAGCACUUUUUUGAUGUAUACUGCUGUUCUCUGUGAUUCCUCUCAUUUGGAAAAAGGACUGUACAAACCAUAUUCAUGUUUAUCUGUACACAAUCCCUGCCAUUUUUACUGCAGCUAAUAUCCUAAUGUGUUGUAACAGACUAAAUGCAAUCUGGUUUGUGUAAUCUGAUCAAGGACAGAGGAGGAUUUUAAAGUCAGAGUAUCGUUACAUUUACAUAAACUGCUUCAUUACAUUUGAAGAUGUCACAAUGACUUAGUGAACAUCAAUGUUUAAUUUUGUGAAAAAGUGGGAGGAAGAAGGAAAGCUUUUGGGCUUUUAUAUAAAAUGUUAUAUUGAAUUAUUAAACAUUUACAAAUGUACAAAGAUAUACCUAAAACAUUUCAAAAUUAAAAUGUAGAUUAUAUUAAUAAAAUAAAAAUGCUGCUGAAGUUCAGGACAGGAAACGGUGAUCUUAUGAAAUGAUCAAAAUCACAAUACUCACCACAAUUAGCUGGAAAAACUCAGAUCUCUAUCUUGAAGUGUUAAUUUGUUCAGAAAUGUCUAAAUGUUGGUUAUAAUGGAAGCAGUUUUAGCCCAUGGUUUUGAACAAAAUAAUGGUAUAUUACUUUUAGUGAAUUAAAGUGCAUUUAAAAUGAAUUAUUCUACUUAAAUUUGCCUCUUUUUUCUAAGACAAGCAGUAUUCAGUAAAAUAUGAAUGAUUUCUAAUGAAAUGAGUAUAAUUUUUCAAUAAUAUCAGUAUAUUUGUCGCAAAAUGAAGGCACAGACAGAUGCAAAUACAGAUUGAGCUGAGAUUUAAUGAGAAAAAACACAGGCAAGCAGUUCCAAAUCUUAAGGCAAACUCAGGAUCAAUAUACAGGCAAAAAGGUCAGGCGAUCAACAAACAGGACAAACUAGGCAGGACAAAGGCAAAGACGUGAAAACAGAUCAGGUCAGUAACAAUAGGCAAUACAGGAUCAAGAAGGCUUGGUUAUUGUCAGUAGUACAAAGACAGAGCUGACUGUAUACAUCACAAGAUAUGAAUGAAUGAGAGUCUCCUUUUAAAGGGUGCUUAUGUGUGUGGCUGAUAGAACUCAGCUGUGUUCAUUCACAAGCUCAGUGACUGACAGCAGGUGAGUGAGUGUAUAUUUUGGUUAGUGUAGUUCGAGGCGGCCAUGUUUGUAGGCCGCAGUGGUUGUUGGCAGAUGGAGUCUGCAGAGCACUUUGAUGGACCUAUAUAACUGGGGCUGAGUUUUUUGCAGGUGUGGGGGUGCCGUAGGUCCCUGGUGGCAAGCCAGACCCGGUUUCCCAGUUGGUAGUGGGAAUGGUCACUGCGUUGUGUGUCAGCUUUAGUUUUGUAGGUUGGGGCAGCCCGUUCUAGUCACUGGUGAGUAGUUUCCCAGACUUGUUCGCUCCAAAGAAACCAUUCAUCUAUGGCUGGCAAAUCUGUGGUGUUAGCAUUCCAGGGAAACAAAGGGGGUUGGGAUCCCAACACACACUGAAAAUGGGUGAGCUUGGUUGCGGAAUGUUUCAGGGAGGUUUGGGCAUAUUCCUCCCAGGGGAGGAACGGGGCCCAGUCUUCAGGAUUGGCGGCACAGAAGGUGCCGGGGAAAUGACUGAUCUCCUGGUUAGCCCACUCUACUUGGCUGUUGGCCUGUGGGUGGUAUGCAGAGGUCAGGUUUAUGGUUACCCUAAUUUCUCCAUAAAGACUCGAGAUGUGAACUGUGGACCCCGGUCACUAACUAUCUCCUCUGGUAUGCCAAAAUAUCUGAAUACAUGUUUGAAGAGUUGCUUGGCUGCGGUAAAGGUGAAGAGGAUGUUGGCGAGAGGAAUCAGAUGCAGAGACUUGGAAAAUCAAUCAGUGAUCUCUAAUAGCACUGUAUUACUUUGAGACCCUUAAAAAUCAGUCAGGAAGUCACUGGCUAUGUGUUGACAGGGUCUCUGUGGUGUGGGCAGUGGGACAAGUUUGCCGGCAGGUAGGGUAUGGGGUACCAUACUGAGCAAGAGGAUACAACGCAGUGUACAUCUGCGAACAUGCAUGGCCACCAGUAUGUGUCCUGUAUGAGGUAGUAGGUACCUUGGGAGCCUGGGUGCCCUGUAGCUAAAGAGGUCUAUGCCUAGGUAAUAAGCUGAGUUUGAAGUGGGACAGAGACAAAGAGCUUGUUUGGUGGACAUAACUGGGGAAUUUGCUGGUGUGGUAUGCAUGCAAUGACCCGAUCCAGUUCCCAUUCAAUCACCCCAAAGAUAGAUGAAGGAGGGAGGAUGAAUUCCUCCUUGUUCUCACUGGGGUUAACAGAGUGCAUGCGUGAAAGGGCAUUGGCUUUGAUGUUUUUAGAACCAGGAUGGUAUGACAGGGUUAACUGGAAUCAGGCAAAGAAUAAAGACCAAUAAGCUUUCCUGGGGUUUAAUCGCUUGGUGGUACGCAGAUAUUCUAGAUUCUAAUGAUCAGUAAAGAUAAUGAAUGGAAGAGUCGCCCCAUCAAGCUAGUGUCGCACUCUUCUAGAGCGAGUUUAACAGCCAAUAAUUCCCAGUUGCCCACAAUAUAGUUCCACUCUGCCGGGGAGAGUUUCUGUGAAAAGAAAGCCAUGGGGUGAAGCUUAGGUUUGUCAACAAAAUGUUUGGAGAGCAAGGCACCUCCCCCGUUCUCUGAGGCAUCAAUAAAGGGCUUAGAUGGGUCUGGAUGUUUGAGUAUGGGAGCUAUGGUGAAGGCAUUUUGAGUUGGUUCAAGGCUUGAUCUGCAGCUGAAUUCCAUGCCAGGAGCCUGGGUUUUCCAUGGAGAAGGGAGGUUAAGGGGUAGGCGAUGGAACAGAAUCCUUGUAUAAUACAUAGUCUAAGACUGCCCCCUUUCUUCUCAGCAGAGGCCGGAGACAUGGAUGGCCUAAUGUAACCUUGUCGGAGAGCUUCCUGAAUAUAUUCCUCCAUAGCUGUCUGCUCUGCCGUUGACAGGGGGUAGAUCCGGUCGCGAGGGGGCAUGGUCCCCAGAAGUAACUCAAUUGUGCAGUCAUAGGGCCAAUGUGGGGGCAGUCUGCUGGCUUUUAGCUUCACUGAACACUUCCCUCAGGUCAUGGUAUUCACCGGGAAGGGAAAACAAGGCCUGAUCCUCAGGACUUUCAAUGGAGGUGGACAACAGAGUAAUUGUGGGUAGCUGGAGACAGUGGUCAUGACAGUGCGAGGACCAGCACUUGAGCUGUUUGUUGGGCUAUAAAAUGAGAGGAUUGUGUUGUUCCAGCCAAGGGAGGCCCAGGAUACCUUGAGGUUUGUUGGACACAGUGACCAGCAGGCUGUUAUACUCAAUGUGAAAGGCUCCAACCUGGAGGAGGAGAGGUUGAGUACGAUAGGUUAUGGUUCCUCUUCUGAUGGGACUGCCGUCCAUGGCAGGUGUGUUCAUUCAGAAGCUCAGUGACUGAGAACAGGUGAGUGUGUGUAUUUUGGGUAGAGUAGUUCGAGGCGGCCAUGUUUGUAGGACGCGGUGGUUGUUGGAAUAUGGAGUCCGCGGAGCGCUGUGCUGUGACAAUAUUACAUUUCCAUUUGCAGCUAAAAUUAAUUAGACCACAGUUCUGUUAAAUUCUCAUAUAAAUUGGUCUGGAGGUGUUGAUUAAUUUUCUAUCACAACGUACACAGGGACUGGACACUAAACACAGAUAGAAUUUUUAAAAAUGUGUUUGUUGAUAAUGUAGUUUUCUUUAAGGAGACAUUUAUUUAGCAUUUUUGGAAGGAGUAUCCUGAGUGAGUGAUUUGUAUAAGUCAGAGAUAAAGCUGUUACACUUUCACUACAAAAGGUUCACAAAAACUGUCUUGGGGAAGUAGAGAAAAGUAGAGGAAAAAAGAGAAACUGCUAGUAGUCGUAUUCAAUGUGUGAUUUCUCUUUGUUCUUCAUUUAUGACUUGACUUCAUUUCUGACUUUUCACAUGAGCUUUUUUUAUUGGGUUCUGUGCAAUCCCAUUCACUUCUAAUACACACUUUCCUCCUUAUAUAUAAGCAUACAUACAUACAUACAUACAUACAUAUGUAUAUAUACAGUGGAUAUAAAAAGUCUACACACCCCUGUUAAAAUGCCAGGUUUCUGGUGAUGUAAAAAAAAAUGAGACCAAGAUAAAUCAUUUCAGAACUUUUUCCACGUAUAAUGUGACCUAUAACCUGUACAACUCAUCUGAAAAACAAACUGAAAUCUUUCAGGGGGGGCGAGUAAAAAUAAAAAAAACAAAAUAAUGUGGUUGCAUAAGUGUGCACACCCUCUUAUAACUGGGGAUGUGGCUGUGUUCAGAAUUAAGCAAUCACAUUCAAACUCAUGUUAAAUAGGAGUCAAUACACACCUGCCAUCAUUUAAAGUGCCUCUGAUUAACCCCAAAUAAAGCUCAGCUGUUCUAGUAGGCUUUUCCUGUCGCAUCUUACAGCAAAAGCCAUGGUCCACAGAGAGCUUCCACAGCAUCAGCGGGAUCUGAUUAUUAAAAGGUAUCAGUCAGGAGAAGGGUACAAAAGAAUUUCCACGGCAUUAGAUAUACCAUGUGUAACCCUCUCUAAGGGUAAAUACACACUAGGUUCGAAUACUCGUAUCGAAGGCAAUUGGAUUCUAAUGUGGUGAAUGGUACGAUUGGAAGUCAUUGACACCACACAGAUUGAUUACCCUUUCACAUGGACUGUACUGAAAUGUGUACAAUAUAUAACUCAACUGUUGUAGCGAGAACAUCAAUAAAGUGUGGUGCGCAAUCAGUGUAUGUGUUCAGUUUUUUCAAGUUGCAAAGUCCAGUCUUGAAGAUAAUGGAGAAAUGUUUCCCUUAUUGUAGAAAUAAGCUCUGUCUUUUUUUUUUUUAAAAUGAUGGAGGGGAAAAAACAACAAAAAUAAGGUGAGGCCAAAAAAUGUUCUAUUGAUUCCAAUCUGGAACUUAAUAGUUGAUAGGGGAAAAAGAUAUAUAUCCAAAAGGGGUGCAAUUAAAGCCCACUGAGAUCCUACCGCACAGUGGUAUCAUCUGGAACAUCCUUCAGAAAGCAGUGACUCCAUGGAUCCAACAAUCAAGGGUGGGUGGCUCGCCAUCUUCCUUCCAGAAGAAUUCAAUAGCAUACAAAAAACCUGGCCUGCAAUAAAACAGGCACAUCCAUAUCAAGUUACUCAUUAAUCAGCUGAUAGUCAAUUAAU